UAUAUUCGGUGCACCGUAGAAGUUGUGGGUCCCUAGUUAUGGCUGGCUAUACUUCUUGCCGCCACGGCAUCUUAAGAGAGAGAGCGAGGUGCCGCUAGAGAACAGCUGCCCCGGACAUGCAGAAUGACAGCUCCGUGCUUAACAUCAGCCGGGGGCACUCGCCGGGCACGCUGCUCCCGGUGGCCGGACUGACCAGGACUAGCCACAGCGUGGUGGCCGUGUGCCUGGGCUGCAUCCUGGUGCUGGGAUCUCUGUACAACUCCCUGGUGCUGGUGAUCUUCGUGAAGUUUGACUCGAUCCGGACUCCCAUUAACAUGAUAUUACUAAACAUCUGCGUCAGCGACCUGCUGCUCUGUGUGUUCGCUACCCCGUUCAGCUUCGCUGCCAGCGUGUCCGGAGGGUGGCUGAUCGGUCCGCAGGGCUGCAAGUGGUAUGGCUUCUGCAACGCUCUGUUCGGUAUUGUGUCUCUUGUUUCUUUGUCUACGCUCUCAUAUGAGCGUUACAUCACGGUGCUUAAAUGUUCAAAAGCUGAUGUGUCAAACUACAAAAAUGCCUGGAUAUGUAUUGUUGGAUCCUGGAGUUACUCUCUGUUUUGGACUUUACCCCCUCUCUUCGGAUGGAGUCGCUACGGUCUCGAAAGUUCCGGUACUACAUGUUCGGUUGUCUGGCACUCCAAGUCUGCAAACAAUGUAUCCUAUAUAGUUUGCCUCUUCCUUUUCUGUCUUGUGUUACCUCUGCUCAUCAUGGUAUUUUGCUAUGGACACAUAAUUAGAGUCAUUCGAGGGAUGUGUCGCAUUAAUCUGACGACUGCUCAGAAAAGGGAUCACCGAUUACUGUUCAUGGUAGUUUGUAUGGUCAGCUGCUACCUCCUGUGCUGGAUGCCUUAUGGUUUAGUCUCCUUGAUUACAACCUUUGGGAAACCUGGAAUGAUAACACCAACAGUUAGCAUUGUACCAUCCAUUCUGGCCAAAAGCAGUACUUUCAUCAAUCCACUCAUUUAUAUUUUUAUGAACAAACAGUUUUUUAGGUGUUUGCUCUUAUUACUCAAAUGUGAAGUGGGCACUCGGAACAGCAAUACCACCUUUAACUCACAUCAAAUCAAGGCUGCCUAUCCUGUGGAGGAAGUCAGAACUCAGAAGAAUAAUCAGCAUUCACAUAAAGCGAGGAUGAGAAAAGACACAGCAGCCACAGUUGAAAAACAAGCAACAAUGGCAGUUUUUGUUCACUACAAAGAUUAUAAAUAAACCGUAAUGUCCGACCCCCAGCUGAUUAAUUACUGUAAUAACAUGAACAUACAAAUAACAGCAUCUGAAAAGGAUACAAAAAUGAUGAGUUUGAAAUUAUGUGAAUAAAGCAGGCCCUUGAAAAUCAUUAAA